UAGGAAUGCGCAAAAAGGAUAUUUCUCACACGGUGUAAAGUUUAUGUUAAGCACCGGAAACUUUCACUUUGCUGAAGAAGCUAAGAGUUUGUGAACUCGGUUUACACACAACAUGGCAGAAAAUACUGGAGAAAAGCCAAGAGAAAUGUUUCCAGAAAUUGAAGCGUUUAACACUGGGAGACUGAAAGUGUCUGAAAUACAUGAAAUCUACUACGAACAGUCGGGGAAAAAAGAUGGAAAACCUGUUGUGUUUGUCCAUGGUGGUCCUGGGGCAGGAACCACCCCACGAGAAAGACGGUUCUUUGAUCCGGAUGUUUAUCGGAUUGUUUUGUUUGACCAGAGAGGAGCGGGAAAGUCCACCCCCGCUGCUGAACUUAAGGAAAACACAACCUGGGAUUUGGUUGCUGACAUGGAAAAGCUGCGAACUCGUCUUGGUAUUGAGAAGUGGGUCGUGUUUGGAGGAAGCUGGGGAUCGACUCUCUCACUGGCUUACGCAGAAACUCACCCGGACCGUGUCACAGCGCUCAUCAUACGAGGAAUAUUCAACCUCAGAUACCGUGAGCUGAAAUGGUUUUACGAAGAUGGUGGAGCUUGUUUGGUUUAUCCUGAUGCUUGGGAGUCAUACUGGAAUCAUAUUCCACAUGCUGAGAGACACUGUAUGAUUGGAGCAUUUCAUCGACGUCUCACAAGUGACGAUGAAGAAACAAGAAAGAAUGCAGCUGAAGUAUGGAGCAAAUGGGAACUUUCGACAAGUCGACUUCACCCAGAUAGCGAAUUGAUUAAAAAAGCUGACGGUGAUCUUUGGUCUCAGCAGUUUGCAAGAAUUGAGUGCCACUACUUUAUACAUGGUGGUUUCUUUGAGUCGGAUGAGCAGCUGUUGGAAAAUGUUAACAAGAUCCGUCACAUUCCUGGUACGAUUAUACAGGGCCGCUACGAUAUGGUGUGUCCAGUUGAUACUGCAUGGAGACUGCACAAGGAGUGGCCUGAAGCAGAUUUUCACAUUGUCCCAGAUGCAGGACAUUCUGCCCGUGAACCAGGCAUUCAAACUCUUCUACUGAAUGCCACUGACAAAUACAAACAUCUUUAAAGGUGUAAAAGCACAGACCAAAGAAAACACUUUCAGUAUUGCUACAUAUUUUGUUGUAAUAAAAUUUACUUUUGCAAGUUAAUUUCAGUACAUGCUUCUUACUGAGAGAACCUAACUAAAUAGGUACUAAUCAGAAUUAUACCCAACCAAUUUCUCAUUCCAGCCGGUGCUCCACAGCUGGUGCAACAAUUUGUGUGGUGUGUACUAUCCUGUCUGUGAGAUGGUGUAUAUAAAAGAUCCAUUGCCACUAAUAGAAAGAGUAACAAACACAUGGAGGCAGUUGGUUUCCUCGUGUGUGUGUGGUUCUUAACCAUAAAACUGAAUAAAAUGUGUUGAGUGCCUAGAUAAAUAGAACAUCUUUCCUUUUUUUUCAGUUUGUUUUAACAAAGCUGGCUUUUUGCUGACUGAAUAGCAUUUGUAUCAUUGCUGGAAAAUGAAUUAUACUGAAUAUAUAGAAAUGCUUUGAUAAUAUAUAAUCAUCUAUGAAAAAGAAAAGUUCCAAUUAUAAACAAUAAAUGUUAUAAAUGUGUAAA